AUACCAAGCCUGUGAGUAUUUAAUGAGGAACCUUCGCGGAGAAAAUCAUGAUUCAAUUCUCAGCUUCAGUGAGUUAAUCAGUAGUGCCCAACCGAGGAAUUCAUUUAAUUAACUCCAAGAUGAUUGCCAAAGCCAUCAUUCUCGCAGCCGUUAUCACAGGCAUAGCUGCCCACUCUUGGUGCACCCCAGCACUAUCAGCAACUUCCUGUACCGGCCGUAACUUUAGUCCGCGAGAAAAUUGUAUUCUUCUUCAGCAGGGAAAUGAACCCGGCUACAUCAGUGCCCACGGAAAUUGUAUUGGCGCUCAAAACUCGAAUGAGCCCUACUGCAUCGACGCCCAGGGAAAUUAUGUCUCCCUUCGAAAGACGUAUACACCCUACUGCAACUACGCCCAAGGCAAUUAUUAUGGUUCCCAGGUCAGAACUGAGCCCUGCUACAACUACGCACAAGGCAAUUAUUAUAGCUCUCAGGUUGGAACAGAGCCUUGGUGCAUCAAUUCCCAGGCAAACUAUGCCUCCUUCCAAAAACCAUCGACUUGCUACUGCAACAACGCACCAGGAAAUUACUUCACCUCUCAGAACUUCAAUGUACCCUGCUACAUCGACGACCAAGGAAAUUACGUUUACAUUCAGAAGCAGACUGGAAACUACUGUAACGGACAGGAAUAUCCAGCUUCCUGGUGCAGGACAUCAACGCAGAGAGAUUUCAAUGUAGGCUACCCACCCUCUGGGUACUACUACUGCAACGGAGCCUGGCAGCAGAGUCCUGGGUAUGGAAGGAGACAGUCACUUGGAUGUAGUUAUCCAUGCAAUUACGGUUCAUCAGGGCAAAAAUCCAUUUACACAGGGAGAAUGUUUGAUCCCUGUUGGAAUUAUGUAAAUAAUUACCAGCAGAUGACCGAUGGUUCGCGAUACUGGUGUAGAUAGACCAGAUAACAGCGCUCGAAAGCCUUCCAGGUGCGAUGAUCCCCUCUAAGAAAAUACAGUCUUCGAGAGGGCAGAUAGCUGUAUGGGUGGAGAAUGACGGAAGUGCAGCUUGCACUUACAGAUCACGUUCUGGAGAUCAAUCUGCUCAUUAUAACGGAAGUUGAGGAGAUUAAUAUUUAUUUAUGUAUUAUCAAUUAUCGCAUUUUUUGAUGUCACGUGAAUUUCACAUGUGUCGUUCAUAAAUAAAUUGUUUUUCUAAGAUUGA